ACCAAAGCUCUGCAGCAGACAGAAACAGGUCAUAAUGUCAAGGUUGGGGAAGUGCAUCAUCUCUUCUUUCAGGCUCUCACCUUUGCUUCCUUACUGGAGUAAUGGGAGGCAGUUCAGACCCACAAGAGCAAAGAAACCAAACAUAGGAGGAAACUCUCAAGCUAAAAGUCCUACCUUCUCUCUUAGAAUUUCUAAAGCCUUUGUAGCCAGAUCUGCAGUUGCUGUCUUUGCCCUGGGAUUCCUUGAUGCUGGGUAUAGCGGGGACUGGUCUCGCAUAGGUGUGAUUACCAAAGAGACUGAAGAGUUGUUAAAGAUUGCAGCUUACUUGAUAACACCUUUCUGCCUAUUUCUAAUUAUUUCUAUUACAGAUGGAGAUAAGGCUCCAUAAGGAAACUGAGGAGGCUUCUUCAAGAAACACUUCUUAUGAAAUUCCAAAAUCAUCUUUUGUAACUCACUGUUGCAAGUGUUAAAUGAUACCAAUGAAUCUAAGAGAUGCAAAAGAAGUUAAAGACUAAUUGAAAAGGUUUCUAGUUUUUAA